GUUUCUUUCUUUUCCGCUCUUUUUCAGACAUCUCUGCUCACACUCUUCCCCUCCAGCCUUCCAAGCUUUCAUCAAUGGCGAUUAUUACAGAGGAGGAAGAGGACAAGCGGCCCCUUACAUCACCGGAAAACAAAGCGGAACACAAAGAAGCUGCGAAACCGGAAUCUAUCAGGAAGAAUCGCAAGCCCCAAACUCAGAACCCUUUCACUUUCUGGUUCUACUUCACAAUCGUCGUCUCUCUCACUACCUUCUUCUUCGUUUCUCUCUCUACUCUCUCUACUCGAGAUGACCCCAGAUCAUGGUUUCUCUCUCUCCCUCCGUCUCUCCGUCAAUAUUACUCAGAUGGGCGAACCAUCAAGGUCCAGGUAAACUCCAACGAGUCACCGAUCGAGGUUUUUGUUGCUGAAUCUGGUCCGAUUGGGUCCGAGAAUGUAGUUGUGGUCCAUGGUUUAGGGCUUAGUUCGUAUGCUUUUAGAGACAUGAUUCGAUCUAUGGGCUCCAAAGGGGUUCAUGCUGUGGCCGUUGAUUUGCCCGGAAAUGGGUUCUCGGACAAAUCAACGGUGGUGAUUGGUGGAGAUCGAGAGGUUGGGGCUCUAGCGAGGUUUAAGGAAGCUUAUGGCUUGAUCAAGGAAAAAGGGGUUUUUUGGGCGUUUGAUCAGAUGGUUGAAACAGGGGAGUUACCGUACGAGGCGAUCCUAAAACUCCAGAACGCGAAUCGGAGAACUGUAAAAUCGAUCGAACUGGGGAGCGAAGAAACGGCUAGGGUUUUAGGUCAGGUGAUUGACACAAUGGGCUUAGCCCCUGUACAUUUGGUUGUCCAUGAUUCAGCUCUAGGGUUAGCUUCGAACUGGGUUUCCGAGAAUUCUGCUGUUGUCCGUAGUGUUACCCUUAUUGACACCGGGAUUACCCCAGCAUUGCCAUUGUGGGUUUUGAAUGUACCUGUAAUGAGAGAAGUCUUGUUAGGGUUUUCAUUCGGGUUCCAGAAACUAGUAGGCAUAUGUUGCUCAACCGGUAUGACUCCAUCUCAAGCUGAUGCUCAUAGGAUACUUUUGAAGGGAAGAAACGGGAGGCGGGCAGUAGUCAGUUCGAUGAAGAAGCUGAAUCAUAGCUUUGACAUUGCACGAUGGGGCGAUUCGGAUGGGAUGAACGGUAUCCCGAUGCAAGUGGUUUGGUCCAGUGAGUGGUCUAAAGAGUGGAGCGACGAGGGCAACCGUGUAGCUAAGGCUCUUCCAAAGGCAAAGUUCGUCUCACACUUGGGAAGCCGGUGGCCUCAGGAAAGCAACUCGGACGAGCUUGCAAAAUACGUGGCUGAGUUUGUCGCUUCGCUUCCAAGAUCCAUCAGACGAGUUGCUGAAGAGCCUGUACCUGAGAAUGUUCAGAGACCGUUAGACGAAGCAAAGUCCGGCAACCAUCAUCAUCAUCAUCAUGACCAUGAUCAUGAGCAUGGUCAUGCACAAGGUGCUGGUUACAUGGAUGCGUACGGUCUUGGUCAUGGGUGGGCUGCGUGAUUGGCAUGCCUUUGGUUAUUUGUUGUUUGGGGCAACCCUUUUUUUAAGGCCAAUUUAGAUAAAUGUGUGUUGUUAUAAAAUAUCCUAUUUAUUUUCGAAAGUAUUUAGAUAACCACUAAAUACUUUGGUGUUUUUGUUAUUCCACUGAAAUAUUAUAAGCCCUAAUUUUUCUUCAA